UAAAGGUGCCUUGUAAAGUGAUAUCAUCCGAUACUGAAAAUAUAUACGGAUUGCUAAAAAAUUAUUUUCGUGUACCAGUUCAAAAUGACAGCUGUUCUUAUGAAAACUUCCUUACAGCUGCAGCAACAGCUUUUGGUUGUUGAAGCCUGUAAUAUUAUGGAUUUCAGAAUUUUGAGGCGACAAAUUAAGACGUCUAAUUCAGUACUAUCUGUACUUCCAAAUCUUAUGUACAUUUUUGACCGAAAUGCUAAACUUUUUCAAAGAGAACGUGCAGCUCAGGCAAAUGAUGUACAUGUAUAUGAUUAUAUAAAAGAUGAAGUGGGUUCUAGGCUCGCAGACAGAGUUUUCGAUAUCAAACGAAAAUUUGAUUGUGUCUUGAAUCUGGGGUGUGGACGUGGCCACGUGUCCAAGAAUAUUACAAAUGAAACUACAAAUGAACUCAUACUUUCUGAUUUGAGCCCAAGCUGGCUACAGCAAGCUUCUACUGCAAAAGGCAUUAAAGUUAAAAAAAUUGUUUCAGAUGAAGAAGAACUUGCAUUUAAAACGAAUAACAUAGAUUUCAUCAUAAGCUGUCUGAGCUUACACUGGGUCAAUAACUUACCCCACUGUUUGAAUAAUAUAAUAAGAAUCUUGAAGAACGAUGGUGUAUUCAUGGCUGCAGUUUUUGGUGGUGAAACCCUUUACGAAUUGAGAGGUGCUUUGCAUUUGGCCGAGUUAGAGAGAGAUGGAGGGAUAGCACCCCAUAUUUCACCUUUCACUGAAAUUAGAGAUAUUGGCAGUCUAUUGACAAAAGCAGGAUUUGCAAUGUUAACAAUAGAUACUGAUGAAAUUGUUGUUGGAUAUCCAACUAUGUUUGAAUUAAUGUGGGACUUGAAAG